AUGAAGCUGUCCCACGCUCUCCUCUGCCUCGGGCUCUGCGUACUCUCGGUUUCGGGAGCAAAGACAGAUGCGCAAGAGGACGCAUACGACUCGCUGUUGGAGCGUGACUCGUCCGCCGGCCCACGAGGUUUGCACUACUGGCGCUUACCGCGAGGUAGCGACUCGCUGCACAGGCUACAUGGCCGCGAUCUCACACAGCUGCCAGACGAUGACGAGCUCACAUCUCGCGCAGAGCAAGAGCUAAAGUUCCUCGACAAGAAACCGUGGGGACGUCGCAGCCUCAAUCUCGCACUCCGACAAAGUGAAGGAGGCGCAGAAGGACUCGAGCCCACCGGUCUCGCGUCUUCCUCUUCCCCUGCCCCUUCUUCCUCUGCGUCUGGGGGAGCGGGGAGACUGCACAGGCGCAUUCGUCCGGACUGGUUGGGAGAUACGGCGGAGAAUCGAAGGCCGGGAUGGAGGGCAGGAUACACGCCGCCAGGGAAUGCUGAUAAGUAG